UUGUAUUUUACAGUUUAUAGUAGUUCUGCUGAAGUCUGCUUUGUUUCACUCAUAAGACAAUCAUCAGAUGUAAUGUGGGGAACGAGUUUUAUUGUAUGAAGAUGGUGACAUUCAGCAUUUUACUGACUGUUUUCUUUGUUUCAGGUUCUUUAAAUGGUUAUGCUGACUCUGCAGCACUCUUCAUAACUGCCCCAAAGCAGAUGGAAGCACUGAGUGGAUCUUGUUUGCAAAUCCCAUGUAGCUUCAGACCCAAAGAAGAACAGAAGUUUAACAGCACAAGAAAAAUCUUUGGAGUGUGGAUUAAAAAUUAUGUAUACUUUGACAUAUAUCCAAACAAUGUGAUCUUCAACAGUAGUGGAGCAGUUAGCAUCUAUCCAAUGAGUAUUACUGGGAACCUGAGUCAGAGAGACUGCACCACUCUGUUUUCUAAUUUAACCACAAACUACACAGACAAAUACUUCUUCAGAGUAGAGAGUGAACCAUUCAAGGCGACAGCUCAACAAGAUCCUCUUCAAAUAACAGUCAGAGAUUCUCCUUGGAGGCCCAAUAUUACAAUCCCAGGUGAUCUGAAGGAGAAGGAGUCUGUCACUAUAACCUGCUCAGCUCUCACUCCCUGUCCACACUCCCCUCCUCAACUCACCUGGAAUCUCCAACAAGACUCUCACAACAAAAUAGAGGAAAACACAGAUGGAAGCUUUACAACUAAAAUCCAGCAGACCAUCACUCUGUCAGACACACAUGAUGGAAAGAAGAUCAGCUGCUCUGCCAGAUAUCCUGUGAACCAAGGAAAAGACACCAAGACAGCAGAGACAGAAGAGACUCUCAGUGUUUCAUGUGGAAACCUGGUUGGUGUCUAUACUAUAGUGAAGACUGUGGGAAUCAUAAUGCUCGUGAUCACACUGAUCAUAUUUGAGUGCUGGUUCAGAUCAAGACGCUCCAACAAUCCAGAGACUGAAAGCUGUCAGAUGAGCAGAGUCACAUCGCAACACAUCAACUAAAGUUUCCACAGGAUGACAAACUCCACCUUGAAAAAAAAAAACUAAAGUCACUGUAGUGAUGUUCAACAGUUGUACAUGACCAUUUUACUUUGAGUGUAAAAAUGGUGUUGCAGGAAUGUAAACAUUUACUCUGUGGAUAAUUAUAUAUCAUUCCUUCACUGCCCUGAGUCUGUUAAACAGGAGCUCCUUCAGCCUGACCAUCUUAUGUUUUAUAGUUUAUCCAUGAAUAUUGAUCAAACACCACACUUCUGUAAGACUGCUACAGCAUGAUGUUUGGAAAUUAAUGUAUUUGUACACUCUAUUACAGUUACAGCUGUCUUCCCGCUAUUACUAUUAAAUAACCUUUCAACAGCUACUGCUGCCCCCUUUGUGGACCACAAAAAUUAAAUUUUUUGAAUGCCCUGAAGUGUUCAGGCUGUGUUGGGGGAAUAGCAGUGAUUUACGAGUGCAACUUUAGUUAUGAUCUAUUUACUCUGAGCUCAUUUCAUUCCUUCAAAGUUAAGUCCAGUUUGCUGCAUUAUUAUCCGCCAACCUCCAAAAUCCUGUGAUGACUCUGAAUGAAUUCUCUGAUCUGUUUUAAUAUAUUGUUGCUAAUUUUACCAAAUCCUUUUGGUAGAUGACUUUAAUUUACGCACUGACUGCAAAGUCAUUUAGUCUAGUACAACAUGUGAAUGGUGUCCUUGUGAUCCUCCACUCAGCUGACUUGAACAUUUUCUCUUUAUCUCUCCUCUCUGGACUUUUCUGUCACCACUUCAGAGUGAGAGAGACUUCCUGUGGUCCUGUCUGAACAGGAACCCUGGAAUCAUUAAUUGGAAAUCCUUCUGUUGUCACAUUCUGUUGUUGCUUCACUGUAAAUAAACACACUGAACUUAAUCCU